UAAAUUUAAACCCCCACCCCCAACCCAUCCAUACUAUCUCUCUCUAAAAGAAGAAGAAGAAAUGACAAGCAGUGAGGUUAUCUCUGCAGCAACAGGGCCAAGGAGGCUAGAAGGAAAAGUAGCCCUAAUAACCGGCGGCGCAAGUGGUAUCGGCGAAUGCACGGCAAAACUCUUCGUCCACCACGGCGCGAAAGUAGUCAUCGCGGACGUCCAAGAUGACCUCGGUCAUGCACUAUGCAACACCAUCCUCGGCCCAACCAACUCCCUCUACGUCCACUGCGAUGUCACAGACGAAUCCCAAGUCCAAGCAGCGGUCGUAGCUGCCGUCAAAACCUUUGGCAAGCUCGACAUCAUGAUGAACAAUGCUGGCAUAGCUGACCCUAGCAAGCCCCGAAUCAUCGACAACGAAAAACACGACUUUGACCGAGUCCUUAGUGUCAACGUCACCGGCGUCUUCCUUGGCAUCAAACAUGCAGCGCAGGCCAUGAUUCCAGCCAAAACUGGCUCGAUUUUAUCGACUGCGAGUGUUGCAUCGUAUGUCGGUGGCUCUGCAUCGCACGCUUAUACAUGCUCGAAGCAUGCAGUGGUAGGGUUGACGAAGAAUGCGGCGGUGGAGUUGGGGCAGUUUGGGAUUAGGGUGAAUUGCUUGUCACCAUACGCGUUGGUGACACCGCUGGCGACAAAGUUCACUAGAUUGGAGGGGGAGGAGUUUGAGAUGGCUAUGAACUCUAUGGCGAAUUUGAAAGGGGUCACACUUAAGGCUCAAGAUGUGGCUAAUGCAGCUUUGUUUUUGGCUAGUGAUGAAAGUAGGUAUGUGAGUGGCCAUAAUUUGUUGAUUGAUGGAGGUUUUGGUAUUGUUAAUCCCAAUAUCAAAAUUUUUCAAUAUCCUGAGAAUUAGGCUCUUUGUUGUGAAGAAAUUAUGGGAGAAAGUCGUCAGUUAUAUAAUUGACAAUUAUUUAAAUGCACAAAAUAAACUAAAAUAAUCUUCCAAUUAUAUAGAUUUUCAAAUCUAUAACUGUUAAAUGUUGUUGUC